AUGUCUUCACCAGAAAUGUCGAGCAUUGCACCUCGACGCAGAACUUCUCUCAUGGCACAACCCAGACCUAAGACUGCCUACGACGAUUUCUCAGAAAACUACCACGUCUCAUCACGGCCAGCCACCCGAAUGUCUAUGAUGCCCAUGAAACGCAACCAUGAUGUGUUGGAUUGGGAGACUUUCAGUCAUAACCAGGAAGAGGCGGGUGGAGAGAAUGCGCUCACCGAGUUUUCUGACCCCUUUGCCCAUUUCCCAAUAGAGCCCAACGCACAAGGCCCUCUUCAGCAACGGCGAUACUCGCAUUUUACCCAGUCCUGGAAGCAUGGCAUGUCGGAGCUUCGAUCUCUGACCCGCCGGAUGUCACUCACAGUCAAGAGCAAGGGUUCUAGACACAAAGAAGAUAUGACAGAGAAGCGACCGCUGGCUCUGAUGCCUCUGAGGUCUGGCAACGACAUGGACGAUAUGAUGGACUUCAGCGAGGCCAUUUCUACUCGACCCAAAUCCCGUGGCCGACUACUGCGAAGUCUGAGCACUAGAAGAAGGCCGUCUCUGCCACUUCUCAACACGCAUGGCAUGCUUGAUCCGCCAAGAGAUGUUACGGAUUCUAUACCCAUGACUGCGCGUGGCAGAGGCCAACCCGUUUUGUCCGAUCUUGUGUUCGGUGGGGCUGGAGCCAGAGCAUCUGCAGCCGCUCAGAAUGAGCUUUUCCAUGCGUCAAGAACUCCUCCGUUGCCUCCGUACGAACCACGACAGGGUGCUGAGAACAAAGCUGAACAAGAUGCCGAAAGUGGAAUUGGAAUUGUUCUUGAUGGUCGCGCCAGACGAGGAUCUUCACCCGUUAAUGCUCAUGUUCUCUAUCAAGAUCCUACAUCCGUCCUCGCGACCGAAUUGAUGGAGACCAUAUUGUCGUUCCUCGAUGUGGAAUCGCUGACUCAGGUUGCGCUGGUGUCACAAAAGUGGCACGAUCUGUGUCAAUCACAGGCGGUGUGGAAAGGCAUCUUCCAUCGAGAGUACGGGUCCAAAAUGGCCCACCCACCUCCAGACUACCCUUCGGCUGCAGGUCUCGGUAAGAACAUACCAGGCCAGGACUUUCGAAAGCUUUUUCAGGUACGAACCUUGAUUGACAAGCGAUGGAGGAAUGGGGAGGCUGCUGCAAUCUACCUAAAUGGGCACAAAGACAGUGUUUAUUGCGCACAAUUCGAUGAGCACAAGAUCAUUACGGGUUCUCGAGACAACACGAUUCGGGUGUGGGAUGCCCACACAUACCAGUGUAUUCGCAAAUUGGGACCGCCCAACAAUCCUCGUGAAAGACAGCCGUUUGCGUCUCCGGCGGUCGAACCUAAAGGGGUGCUUCCGUUCUUCAAAGCAGACAUUACAUCACCCGACCCAGUCACUCUAGAGACAGGACUGUGGCAUCAAGCUUCAGUCUUAUGUCUACAAUAUGACGACCAGACGCUGGUGACGGGGUCAUCGGACUUUUCGUGUUUAGUUUGGUCGAUCAAGGAUGACUACAAACCCCUUUUCCGAUUAAUCGGGCACCACGCAGGUGUGUUGGAUGUGUGUAUUGAUAAGCAUCGAAUUGUGACGUGCUCCAAGGAUACGACAAUCAAGGUAUGGGAUCGAGCGACGGGACGACUGAUCCGGACAUUGGUUGGACACCGUGGACCAGUCAACGCGGUUCAGGUUCGUGGAAAUCUCCUGGCCAGUGCGAGUGGUGAUGGAAUGUCCAAGCUAUGGCGGUUGGAAGACGGGGUUUGUAUCAAGGAAUUCCAGUCCAAGGAUCGAGGCCUUGCAUGUGUUGAAUUUUCCGAGAACGGCCGCACCAUCUUUGCUGGAGGCAAUGAUCAAGUCAUCUACGAGUACGAUACAGUGACCGGUGGUCGAAUUCGAGAGCUCAAAGGACAUACCGAUCUGGUGCGAUCUCUCCACCUGGACUCUGCGAACUCUCGGAUCAUCAGUGGAAGUUAUGAUCAUUCCAUAAAGGUCUGGAACGCGGUCAAAGGAGAGUCGGCGGAUGACGGUGGCUUGCAAAUCAACUUUGAAGGAUGGACCUCGAGCUGGAUUCUGGCAGCGAAAAGCAAUUAUCGCAAGAUUGUGUGCACCAGUCAGGAUGGGCGAGUGGUGAUUAUUGACUUUGGGUACGGCAUUGAUGGGGUGGAGUUGGUCGAGGCUUGA